GCCGGUAUUGGUGACACACGAGUCUCAGACCGCUUGUAGCGCGAGCAUGAGACCGCUUCUCUGCUGCUAGCGCUCCAUCACUAAUCAGGAAGAGAAUUUAGAUUUUCAAGGGUUGUUCUGUUCCUGGGAUCCAGUUAAAAUGCCGUCUGAUUUGGCGAAAAAGAAGGCAGCGAAGAAAAAAGAGGCAGCCAAAGCUCGUCAACGCACCAAGAAACCAGAGGACAUAAACGAAGAUGGAGACAAACCUGAGGAGCAGGAGAAUGGAGCUGCUGAGUUCAAUGGGGUCACUAGUUUGACAAAGGAGCUGGAUGAGUUAGAGUUGAAGAAAAUGGAGGCACGAGCAGUAACUGGCGUGCUGGCAUCUCAUCCCAACAGCACUGAUGUGCACAUCAGCAGCUUGUCUCUUACCUUUCAUGGACAGGAGCUACUCAGUGAUACUAGUUUGGAGCUCAACUCUGGCCGUCGCUAUGGCCUCAUAGGGCUCAAUGGAACCGGCAAAUCCAUGCUGUUGUCAGCGAUUGGCCACAGGGAGGUACCCAUUCCAGAGCACAUUGAUAUUUACCACCUGACCCGUGAGAUGGCACCCAGUGAGAAGACUGCUCUGCAGUGUGUGAUGGAGGUAGAUGAGGAGAGGAUCAAGCUGGAGAAAGAGGCAGAAAGACUAGCGCACGAAGACGCUGAAUGUGAGAAGCUGAUGGAGUUGUAUGAGCGUUUGGAAGAGCUGGAUGCUGAUAAAGCAGAAAUGCGGGCCUCACGGAUCCUCCACGGUCUUGGAUUCACUGCUGCCAUGCAGAAGAAGAAACUCAAAGACUUCAGUGGUGGCUGGAGGAUGCGUGUUGCUCUUGCUCGGGCACUGUUCCUCAAGCCAUUCAUGUUACUGUUGGAUGAGCCAACAAACCACCUGGACUUGGAUGCGUGUGUGUGGCUGGAGGAAGAGCUCAGCCAGUUCAAACGUAUUUUGGUUUUAAUAUCCCAUUCACAGGACUUCCUCAAUGGUGUUUGUACCAACAUUAUUCACCUGCACCAGCGCAAGCUGAAAUAUUACACGGGUAAUUAUGACCAAUAUGUGAAGACCAGAGAGGAACUCGAAGAGAAUCAGAUGAAACGGUUUAACUGGGAACAGGACCAGAUAGCGCAUAUGAAGAACUACAUUGCUAGGUUUGGUCAUGGCUCUGCUAAGCUGGCCAGACAAGCUCAGAGCAAAGAGAAGACUCUACAGAAGAUGGUUGCCUCAGGUCUUACUGAGCGUGUUGUGAAUGACAAGACCCUGUCAUUUUAUUUUCCUCCCUGUGGGAAGAUCCCCCCUCCUGUCAUUAUGGUUCAGCAUGUCAGCUUCAGGUAUUCGGAUGACACGCCUAUUAUUUAUAAAAACCUGGAGUUUGGAAUUGACUUGGAUACUCGGGUGGCCCUUGUAGGGCCCAAUGGGGCUGGAAAGACUACUUUGCUGAAGCUACUUACUGGAGAUGUCUUGCCCUGCGAUGGUAUGAUUAGAAAACACUCCCAUGUGAAGAUUGGCAGAUAUCAUCAGCAUCUAACCGAGCAAUUGGAGCUUGAUCUUUCUCCUUUGGAGUACAUGAUGAAGUGUUACCCUGAGAUAAAGGAGAAGGAGGAGAUGAGGAAAAUCAUUGGUCGCUAUGGUCUCACAGGCAAACAGCAGGUGAGCCCCAUUAGAAAUCUAUCUGAUGGACAGAAGUGCCGUGUCUGCUUUGCCUGGCUGGCCUGGCAGCAUCCCCACAUGCUCUUUCUCGAUGAGCCGACCAAUCACCUUGACAUUGAAACCAUUGAUGCUCUGGCUGAUGCAAUCAACGACUUUGAAGGUGGAAUGAUGUUGGUUAGCCACGACUUCAGGCUUAUUCAGCAGGUUGCUCAGGAGAUCUGGGUUUGUGAAAAGCAGACCAUCACAAAAUGGAAUAGGGACAUUCUGGCCUACAAGGAACAUCUGAAAUCUAAGAUUGACAAAGAUGCAUGACCUAUAGCCAUAGCCUCCAAAACACACAAAUUGCAACAUCUCUGCUGAUACAAGUCUUGCUCUCCAGGACAUUCAUUGCAUGUUGGUUAGACUGCAGUCAAAGCACUUCCUUUGUUUCAGUACCACCUUUUACACUUGAGUCCUUUUUUGGGGUUGCCACUGGAGACAACUGACUUGUUUUCUUUGUUAAUAUGCAUUACAGUAUUUAGAUUUUACUUUUGAAAAAACCUAUUAAAUUCAUGGUUGUGCACUUCAUAUUUUUAUUAUUAGAACCCUCCUGUUUUGAGACUGGUCAGAUCUGUAGGAAAAAGGUGGAAAUAUAAAAUAGUUAACUUCAAGGGCUCUUGAAGUUGUUAUUUUAUCAUUGUUUAAAGCUGUAUUUGCAAAAAUGAGAUGUCUAAUUAAAGG